GGCAUGUCCUGAAAAAUCACUGACAGGAGUCGAUAAGACCACAGACACAUUCCAGAGCGAGAAUCGUCUGAAAGCUGAUGGCAUUCGAGGAGAGUCAGCUGACUGCGACACUGCUGACCUCCGUGGUUGCAGCAGUGUUUGGCUCCCUGCAGAUUGGUUAUCACACUGGCAACGUCAACUCUCCAGCCAGAAUCAUCGAGGAGUUCUUCAACAGCACAUGGAAAUCAAGAAACAAUGAAUCCAUGCCAGACCACAGUCUCACCUUUCUGUGGUCUCUCUCAGUCAGCAUUAAGGACUUUGGAGCCCUUUUAGGUUCACUAGGGGUCAAAGACCUUGCUGAUUCCUAUGGGAGGAGGAAUUCCAUUCUCAUAGCGAAUGCUUUGUCUAUAGUGGGCGCAUGCCUGAUGUUCAUCAGCAAGGCAGUUGAGUCCUUUGAAGUUCUCAUCGUAGGCCGUUUGAUUUUUGGCUUAUUCUGUGGUCUGGUGAUGAGUCUGAACCCCCUGUAUAUCCAGGGUGUCUCCCCAAUUAACCUCCGUGGUGCCUUUGCAACUCUCAACCAGGUUUCUUUUGCCUCUGGGAUUCUUCUGGGCAUGGUGGUGGGCUUAGAAACAGUAUUGGGCACAGAGAAGUACUGGGCUAUCAUGCUCUCUCUGUCCCUCAUCCCAGCCCUCCUCCAGUGCAUGUCCCUGCCUUUCUGCCCUGAAAGCCCACGCUACCUCUUCAUCAACCGUAGAAAAGAGAAAGAAGCAGAAGCUGCAUUGAGAAGGUUGAGAAGAAACCCUGGCAAGGUGAUGCAGGAAAUGGAGGAGAUGAGAGAGGAAGCAUCCCACACCGAGGCAGGAGUAACCGUCAGAGAAUUCUUCAUAAAGCGACGCUACAGACAACCCAUAAUACUUGUUCUGAUCAUAAACCUGGGCAGCCAGUUGUCUGGAUUUAACGCGAUCAUAAAUUAUUCAACUAAAAUGUUUGCCAAGGCCAAAUUUGAGGAAGCAACCUAUCUGACGCUGGGGGUGGGAGCCAUCAAUGUGGCAUUCACCAUAGUGGCUUUCUUCCUGGUGGAGAGAGCAGGACGCAGGAAGUUGCUCCUCGUUGGCUUCCUGUCAGUAGCACUUUGUAAUUUACUUAUGACUGUCACUGAUUCCAUCAUGGACACAGCCCCAGACAUUCGCAGCAUUCAGGUGCUGGUGAUCUUUUUCCUGAUCUCGGCAUAUGAGGUGGGACCAGGGCCCAUCUCGUGGUUCAUUGCUGCCGAACUCUUUGACCAGCCUGCCCGUCCAAUUGCCAUGGCCUUCACCAGUAUGCUCAACUGGGGAGGAAAAUUCCUGCUAGCCCUGCUUUUCCCACCAUUAUUGAAACUGUGUGGAGCCUAUGUCUACCUCAUCUUCAUGUCCAUGGCCUUAAUAGCAUUCACCUACACGAUGUUUCGCCUCCCAGAAACCAAGGGUCGUACCUUCGAGGAUAUUGCUGCAGAAUUCCGUGGAACCGAGGGCAUUCCACUGCAUAACAAGACGACUUUCAAUACUUUCUCUUGACCACUCAGUGACCACAGCACAGCUCUUUUGGUUCAAAAGAAGGAUCACAGACCCUUGGGUCCCUGCAAUCUGUCCAUUCCAUGCGAUUUAGUAAAACAAAACAGCAAUAACUUAAUUCACUUCUGUCACCUCUCAUUGAGUGAAAUAUAUUUGAAAGUAUCCAGGAAAGGAGCAAAUUAAACAAACAGCUAGCAAAAUAGCAAGAAUAAGACAAAAUAUAAUAACAUAUUUGGAAUCAAGGAUUGAAAAAAACAAUAGAAAAGACUGUGUUUAAUCACCAGCCAGAACCCAGGGAGCCUAAGACUUGUAUCCAUAAAGCAAAGACCUAUGAGCAACCUCACCAAUAAACAUGCCUCCUCCUGUGGAGCUUGGCUCACCUCUCCA